CUCUGACUCAUUCCAGGAUCAGUUCAGUUGCGUCUCAGUGGGUUUUCUUCAGACUGCAGAAUCUUCAUCUUCAACUCUUUGGACUUUUUGAAAAAACUAUGAAGGUGUGUGUGUGAGCUGAUGUGGACGUGAAUUCAGCCGAAUGGAUCAUUAUGAGGACAGGGAGGAGGGAGUCCCUCCCUCUAAAACCUCUCUGUGUGGGGAACAUGAGAGUUGGAGCAAAGCUCAGAGGAAUCAACCUGGACCUGGAUCUGGACCUGGACCUGGACCUGGACCUGGACCUGGACCUGGACCUGGACCUGGACCUGGACCUGGACCUGGACCUGGACCUGGAUCUGGACCUGGACCCAGCUGUGUGUCCUUGAAGAGCAACCAGUCAAAGGAUUAUGUUAUUACCUUCAAAGGACACCAACAUUCUGCUGUAAAGAGGGUCCAUCAGAAAGGAGACUCUCUUGAACAUGAACCCAGCUGUUUGUCCUUGAAGAGCGACUGGUUAAAUGAUAGAUUAAUAUUCUUUAAAGGAGACCAACAGUCUUCAGAGAGAGUGGACCAGCAGAUCUCAGAGCCUCCCAGCGGUCCGUCUGUCCAGCAGCAUCAGACACAGCUGGACUCCAUCUUUCAGAUGCUGGAGGACAACAUUGUAAUGUUUGUGAAGAACGAGCUGAAGAAGAUCCAGAGGGGUCUGAGUCCAGAUUACCCAGAAUCCCUAGAGCAUCUGUUGGAGGGUGAGGAUGAAGAGCAGAGGAGCAGCAGAGAGGCGUUGGUGAAGAUCACUGUGAACUUCCUGAGGAGAAUGAAGCAGGAGGAGCUGGCUGAGCGUCUGCAGAGCAGUACUUCUGCUAAAGUGUGUAAAAAGCAGCUGAAGUCUGAGCUGAAGAAGAAGUCCCAGUGUGUGUUUGAGGGGAUCAUUAAAGCAGGAAACCCAGCCCUUCUGGAGCAGAUCUACACAGAGCUCUACAUCACAGAGGGAGGGACCGGAGAGGUCAACCAUGAACAUGAAGUCAGACAGAUUGAAGCAGCUUCCAGGAAACCAAACAGGGCAGAAACAACCAUCAGACCGGAAGACAUCUUUAAACUCCCAGCUGGAAGAAAAGGACCAAUCAGAACAGUGAUGACGAAGGGAGUGGCCGGCAUCGGGAAAACAGUCCUAACACAGAAGUUCAGUCUGGACUGGGCUGAAGGCAAAACCAACCAGGAAAUCCAGUUCCUGCUUCCAUUCACCUUCAGACAGCUGAAUGUGCUGAGAGAGGAGAAGUUCAGCUUGGUGGAACUAGUUCAUGCAUUCUUCUCUGAAACCAGAGGAAUCUGCAGCUUUGAAGAGUUCCAGGUCGCGUUCAUCUUUGACGGUCUGGAUGAGAGUCGACUUCCUCUGGACUUCCACAACUCUACAAUCGUCAGUGACCCCAGAAGAUCCACCUCAGUGGACGUGCUGCUGACAAACCUCAUCAGGGGGAACCUGCUUCCUUCUGCUUGUCUCUGGAUCACCACACGACCCGCAGCAGCCAAUCAGAUCCCUCCUGAGUGUGUCUCCAUGGUGACAGAAGUCAGAGGGUUCACUGACCCUCAGAAGGAGGAAUACUUCAGGAAGAGGUUCAGAGAAGAGGAGCAGACCAGCAGGAUCAUCUCCUACAUCAAGACAUCACGGAGCCUACACAUCAUGUGCCACAUUCCAGUCUUCUGCUGGAUCACUGCUACGGUCCUGGAGAACGUCCUGGAGAACGUCCUGGAAACCAGAGAGGGAGGGAAGCUGCCCAAGACCCUGACUGAGAUGUACAUCCACUUCCUGGUGGUCCAGGCCAAACUGAAGAAGGUCAAGUAUGAUGGAGGAGUUGGGACGGAUCCACACUGGAGUCCAGAGAGCAGGAAGAUGGUGGAGUCUCUGGGAAAACUGGCUUUUGAGCAGCUGCAGAAAGGAAACCUGAUCUUCUAUGAACCAGACCUGAGACAGUGUGGCAUCGAUGUCAAAGAGGCUUCAGUGUACUCAGGAGUGUUCACCCAGAUCUUUAGAGAGGAGAGCAGCCUGUACCAGGACCAGGUCUUCUGCUUCAUCCACCUGACUGUUCAGGAGUUUCUGGCUGCUCUUCAUGUCCAUCAGACCUUCAUCAAGUCUGGAGUCAACCUGCUGGAGGAACAAAGGAACACAGAGACUGAGCUCUAUCAGAGUGCAGUGGACAAGGCCUUACAGAGUCCCAACGGACACCUGGACUUGUUCCUCCGCUUCCUCAUGGGUCUUUCACUGGAGACCAAUCAGACUCUCUUACGAGGUCUGCUUGAACCAAAACAAAGAAGUUCACAGAACAAUCAGGAAACAGUUGAAUACAUCAAGAAGAAGAUCAGUGAGGAUCUGUCUGCAGAGAAAAGCAUCAACCUGUUCCACUGUCUGAAUGAACUGAACGCUGGUUCUCUGGUGGAGGAGGUCCAACAGUCCCUGAGGUCUGGACUUCUCUCCACAGAUAAACUGUCUCCUGCUCAGUGGUCGGCUCUGGUCUUCAUCCUACUGUCAUCAGAAGAUCUGGAGGUGUUUGACCUGAAGAAAUACUCAGCUUCAGAAAACGUUCUACGGAGGCUGCUGCCGGUGGUCAAAGCCUCCAAGAAAGUUGUGUUGAGUGGUUGUAACCUCUCAUCGUACAUCUGUGCACAUCUAUCCUCAGUUCUCAGCUCUCAGUCCUCCAGUCUGACAGAACUGGACCUGAGUCACAACCCCCUGCAGGAUUUAGGACUGGAGAGGCUGUGUCCUGGACUGGAGAGUCCACACUGUCACCUGGAGUCUCUCAGGUUGAGUGGUUGUAACCUCUCAGGGAACAUCUGUCCACUUCUGUCCUCAGUUCUCAGCUCUCAGUCCUCCAGUCUGACAGAACUGGACCUGAGCAACAACCCCCUGCAGGAUUCAGGACUGAUGAAGCUGUGUCCUGGACUGGAGAGUCCACACUGUCACCUGGAGUCUCUCAGGCUCUCAGACUGUCUGAUCUCAGAGAAAGGCUGUGUUUCUCUGGUCUUAGCUCUGAGCUCCAACCCCUCCCACCUGAAAGAGCUGGACCUGAGCUGCAACCAUCCAGGAGAGUCAGCAGUGAAGCUUUUGUCUGCUGGACUGAAGGAUCCCCGCUGGAGACUGGACACUCUCAGGGUGGAGCCUGCUGGACAACGAUGGUUGACACGAGGUCUGAGGAGGUAUUCCUGUCAACUCAACAUCGACACAAACACAGUCCAGAACAACAUCAAACUGUCUGACAACAACAGGAAGAUGACACGUGUGAAGGAGGAUCAGUCAUAUCCUGAUCAUCCAGACAGGUUUGAUUACUGGCGUCAGCUGCUGUGUAGAGAAGUUCUGACGGGUCGCUGUUACUGGGAGGUCCAGAGGAGAGGAGGAGUUCAUAUAUCAGUGAGUUACAGAAGAAUCAGCAGGAAAGGAACCUCUGAUGACUGUGUGUUUGGAGGGAACGAUCAUUCCUGGAAUCUGUACUGUUCUGAUGAUGGUUGGUACUGUGUCUAUCACAAUAAAAGAGGAACACCUUCCGUCUCCUCUUCCUCAGUCUCUGACAGAGUAGCAGUGUAUGUGGACGUUCCUGCUGGAACUCUGUCCUUCUACAGCGUCUCCUCUGACAGACUGAUCCCCCUCCACACCUUCAACACCACAUUCACUGAACCUCUCUAUCCUGGGUUCGGGUUCGAUCUUGGUUCUUCAGUGUCUUUGUGUUGAGUUCAGUCUCCAGAGUCUCUUCCUGUCAGAGAAACUGUCUCUGUUGGACAGAUAGUUGAGUCUGUACAUGUCUGUCUCUGUUUCCAUCAGAACACCUGAAUCACAUGUUGGUGAAACUGUUCUGAAUGAUUCCUUGGAAACUUCUUCCUCUUCCGGUCCUUUAAAGGUGGAAACUGCCGUUAUUCCAGGAUCCACAUGUUGUUCUUCUGUCUGUUUCCAGUCAGAGCUUCACAGUGAACAGCAGCAUGUUGUUUCUCUGCAGCUCAGAUCAGCUGAGAUCAUUCAGUUCAUGUCAGAUGCAGGUAGUUUGCUGCACAUGUGACCAACUGUGAUGUCAGAGAGGAAUCACUCAGCUGCAAUCAGCCCAGAUGAAGUUACAACCUGCUGACAGAUCUGAGCACAAGGUUGCUGUGCAGCCAGGGUUCAUCCUGGUCUUUAUUCUCACCCACUUCCUGUUCCAAACAGGACGUCACUACUGGACUAUCAGGUCUCUGUCAUGGUAAAGUGUUUGUUUAUGUGUGAGCUCUCACCAAGAUGAUUAUGAUGAUCCAUCAAUCAUCUAGAACUGCUUCUUCAUGUUCAGGGUCGCAGGGGUCGGCCUUGUUGAUUUUACACUGAUUUUACAAAAAGUCUACUUUUUUUUUUUUGAACAUUAUCUUUUUUUAUUUUUUCAAAGAGAACAAAACAGACACAAAACACCAAACUAAACAGUUGCCAGUUCACAAAGAAAGAAAAGACAAAAAAGGAGAUAACAAAAAUGACCGUAUAAAUAUAUAUACACAUACAUAUAUACACAUUUAGCUGUAUAAAAGAUAUAAAAGGCUGUCAGUCCAGACCAUACCCAAAAAGACCAGGGAUUAGCCAAGAGGCCGGGAGAGCUGUGCGUCCGUAUAAGCAGGAGAGGCGGGGGAAAAAUAAAGUUCAAGUUGGUCCGAGCACGAUAAUCACACACCAGGCACAGUGUUCAUAGCAAGUGAAAUCAAGUCCGAGGCAAAGGUUUAUCCUUCCUGAAGUGUUCAAUGAAGGGUCCCCAGACCUUGAGAAAUGUAGGCUGGGAAUCAGACAGAGUGUAACGAAUUUCUUCGAGAUAGAUGCAUGUGACCAUGUCAUUUAACCACCUAUUGAAACAUGGAGGAGAGGAUGACUUCCACUCCCGCAAGAUGACUCGUUUUGCCACAACCAAACCAAACAGGAGGGCUGUUUGCAGUGCUUUGGGAAGUGUUAGAAUAAAUUCAGAACAGCCAAGUAUCACAGAAAGACCGUCAGGGAGCACUUGCCUAUUAUAUACAUCACUAAAGUACUUAAAAAUAUUAUCCCAAAAAGUCCUGAGCUUAGGGCAUGCCCAGAAAAGGUGGCCAAGCGUCCCGCUAGCAGACUUACAUCUAUCACAGGUGGGAGAUACUGUGGGGAAUAUUCUAUGCAAUUUGGUUUUAGAGAAGUGAAGGCGAUGAAUGACUUUAAACUGGAUGAGCUGAAGUCUGGCGUUGAUAGAGCAUUUCUGCACCCUGUCCAGUGCAUCUGACCAAAGCUCAUCUGAGAUGUCUUCACCAAUAUCCUCAAUCCAAGCUUCCUUAAAGGUAUUGUGACAUCAUUUUUAACAUGCUUUUAACACUAUUAAAAGUGUUGGCCAACAUCCCUCAAAUGUGUCUAAAAGAGUGUAACAAGAAAAACUGGCUUUUUAUUACAGUGUUUUUUUUGCGCCGUGAAAAAUGCUUCCUUUCCCCCCUUUCCUGUCAAUCAUUGCUCCGCUCCUCCUCCAAACCUCCUCCUCCUCCAGCCAUACGCUCACAGCGGCGUCGGAGCGACAGGCGAAGCAUGCACGGAAAAGCAGGAGGGCGAACCACAGCAAACAAUCAUAAAAAUAAAGGCAUGCAAGCAGCACUGUCCCCUUAUCUUAAGUCCAGUCAGUGGCCGCGGGUCUUCUUAGCAGUUUUCCUCCGGUGAUUAGAACAAAAGAGGCUCUAAACAGCUCAGUGUUAAGCCUCAUUUAUGGUUCCGCGUUAAAUCGACGCAGAGCCUACGCCGUAGGGUUCAGCGUAUGGUGCGCGUCGCCGCGUAACCCUACGACGUAGGCUCUGCGUCGGUGUAACGCGGAACCAUAAAUCAGCCUUUAUGGUGCGCUGGAGAGGAGAGGAGACAGGGAGCUGGGUGGAGGGGGCGGUGAUUUAGCGGAUCGUUACGUAACGAUCCGCCACCAAACCACACGCGCCGUUUUUGCAUAGUUAUGCGGAAAAUCCCAGAAAGCACACAAUACACUGAAUGUUAAAAGUUUGUUGUUUUUUGGGUGUAAUUGAUGUCAAGACACCCAACAAAACACAAAAAAUCAAGAAAAAUGUGUUUUUCAUGUCACAAUCCCUUUAAAGUGGGAGGAGGGGGCUUCAGAGCGAAAAAGAUCUACGAACUGGGAGAUCAAAUGUUUAGCGGUGGGAAGUCUUGUCAUAAGUGCAUAAAAAUUGUGUUGAUCGGGCAUGGAUUGAAAUUGAUGGAAUGCCUGUCUGACAAAAUCUCUGAUCUGAAAGUAUCGGAAUAGAUGGCUAGAGGGAAGAUCAAAUUUGGCUUGUAGUUGUGCAAAUGAUGCAAAAUGGUUAUCAACGUAAAGAUCCUUCACAGUGGACAAGCCCCUGUCCGACCAGCAUGUAAACACUUUAUCCAGCAAACCUGGUUUAAAAUUAGGGUUCUGACAUAUUGGGGCAUAAAUGGAGAGAUCCUUGAGGCCCAGCACACCCCUGAUUUGUUUCAGUAUUCUGUAUGAAUUGCGCAAGAUAAAAUCACUUUUGAAAAGUUUAACGGACAAAUUUAACUCUGAAAAUAAAAUGGCUGCCAGGGAGGCCCCCGUGAGCGAUAGAGCAGCACGGGAUUCGAUUUCAGGCCAGGAGGGGCAAAGGGAGCCCACCUGCCGAGACACGGCCGGAGUGUAGUUCCAGUAAACCCAGGCUCUAGCAUUACAGGCCCAGUAGUAGUGCCGGAAAACAGGUAGACCGAGGCCACCAACAGUCUUGGGUUUCUGCAAGUGCAAUUUCGAGAUGCGAGGGGGUUUGUCGGCCCAGAUAAAGGGAAAAAUAAUGGAGUCUAACUGUUUAAAAAAAGCGGCUGUAAGAAAUAUAGGGACAUUUUGGAAUAUGUGGAGAAAUUUGGGGAGUACUACCAUCUUGAUUACAUUAACACGUCCAAUUAGGGAAAUGGGGAGGAGUUUCCAUCUGUCUAACAUUAUCUUAAGCUUGUCAAUCAUACCGGAAUAAUUCAGUUUGAAUAGAAGCUUGGGGUUCCUGGGAAUAUUAAUCCCUAAAUAUUUAAAGUGGUCAGUAGUAAUCUUAAAAGGUAAAUGGUCAAGGAAACCGGAAUCAAGGUCAUCGGCCAGGGGCAUAAAAACACUUUUGUCCCAGUUAAUGGUGAACCCGGAGAGCUGGCCGAAGUUUUUAAUGAGGUCCAGCAGAGGGGGAAGAGCAGUACUUACAUCCGAUAGAGUCAGGACCAAAUCGUCCGCGUAUAAGCCAACCGUGCAUUCAGUAGUGCCACAGCUGAUUCCAGAGAUUAAAGGGCUGGCUCUGAUGGAAAUAGCCAAGGGCUCGAGGGCCAGAGCAAAGAGCAUAGGGGAGAGGCAGCAACCCUGUCUGGUGCCGCGAUGCAGCAGAAAGGGGACAGAGCAAUCGUGGUUAGUCAGUACUGAGAAGAAGGGCUACUUUUUGAAUAAAGUUCCCCUUUGAUGACAAUAUUUGAUAUUCACUGAUUAAAAGCGCUGCUUCAACAUUUCCCCCAAAUAAUUGUCAAAUUGAUUUAUCAUGCUAGGAAACAUAUUUCAACACGAAACAUUUUUUAUUCUUAAUCCAUUUAGUUUGUUCCAAUUUCAAAUGAUCACUUAUGUAACAUUUUAGUAGCAACUCAUGAACAUCUUCAAAUCACGUCCCAUUAAUGCAAAAUUAACCCCCAUAACACUUCAUGAAGUCCCACAUUUGUACUUAGAAUAAAAUAUGUAGCACUGUUCUGAAUGUCUGCAUGACAGAUGGUUGAUUUAAGAACAUCCAGCCACCAGGGGGGGCUGCUGCACUCGACCCCGCUGAGUGCUGCUUAUCGUGGUAGAAGAAGUGAGACAAUGAUGAGAAGCUGGAUGAUGUGGAUGAAGCUGUUAUAUUACUUUUUGUCAUGAAUCUGAUGCUUGUGGUUCAGUGUGCGUCCAGAGAAACAUAAGUUAUAUUGUUGUUUAUUGGAAGCACUUAUUUGUUGUUAUAUUUUAUAAGUCUGCUGGUGAGUAUUUCCAGCAGUUAUUUACUUCGCUAAUCGUUCAAAAGUCAUUAGUUAUGUUAUCUGAAUGUCACUGACUGUUUUCUUUGUUUCCAGUUAAAUGUGAUAGUAUCCUAUCAUGUAUAUGAUGUUCUUGCUAGUAACAUUAUUAUUUGGAUUGUGUGCUAUGGUUAAAGGAGCCUGAGGCAAGAAUAAGAAAUGAGACUCAUUAGCGACACGACGACCGUCGGGGUUCCUGCAGCCAACAGCGAAGCCGGCACGGGAGCGCGUGUGUAAUCUCAUGUGAUUUUCAAAUCAAGCUCUAAAUAUGACUUACAAUGUUAUCUUACCUGGUCAGUAGGAAAUGAGCCAUGUCAGCAUCUGUUUUCAGUCCCAAUUCAAGUAGAAGCUGCCUCCAUGACUCAAACGCGUAUCCAAUGUUUACUCGUGUGCCUCGUGUGAACGCGCAUGCAGCGUCAUGUGACGUCACAUCCGCAGGACAGCGCGGGAAAUUCGGGACCGAAUUGCAGCACAUUUUGCAGCACACAGCCUGUUCAAGGCAACAGAGAGAUACACUAGAGGGCUCAUUCUUUUUGAUUUGGAACGCUUCAUCUGACAUUAUUACUAGAAAACUUUAAACGUAUACGCAUUUUUUCAUAAAUCCUGCCUCAUGCUCCUUUAAACAUGUGUUUAUUGCUGUUUAUUGAUUUCUAUUAGUCUUUGGUUUAUUCCAGAACCACAUUCACACACCACAUCUGUAAGUGCACUCUCUAGACUGGAUUAAAGCUCUGUAAAGGAAA